GGAACAUCGUAAUUACCAACAACUUUAUGGCGCAGUUAAAUUGAAAAGGGUAGCUUUCUCUUUCGCUCUAUCUUCAGCAGAGUAUUGAUGGAUUCGUCAAUGGAAUAGAAUCCCAGAACGAUAGAACAAAAACAGAAAGCCACAUCAGAAUUCUGAAAAGUGUACAGGCACAUAUUAGAAGUACAUGGAAGUUCAAUUUGCUGUUUAGAUCUUCCAUGUUCUAUCACUCACCACAAAUCGGGCCCUCUGGCAGCAUUCUUUACCCGUGCUUCUGCUUUUUUCCGUUAGCAUGGCGCCUGUUUCCAAUUACCUGCUCGUCACCAGAGCUACGUUUUUACUAGCUUCAUAUAGUGGAUGAUUGCAUAUUCUUUUUCUCAGGGCUUAAUUAAUACCUAUUUUUUCGUGUGCAAUCUGGAUGGAUGUCUUUACUCUUGACUAAAACGUCUAAAAGCAAGCUUGGCAUACAUCAAACCUGGAUAUAUCCUACAAUUUGAAGUGAAAAGGAUGUAUAAGAAUCAACUUCAAGAGUUAGCUCAGAGAAGCUGCUUCAACUUGCCAUCCUACUCAUGCAUACGAGAAGGACCUGAUCAUGCACCUCGCUUCAAAGCCAAAGUAAAUUUCAAUGGUGAAACUUUUGAGAGCCCAAACUUCUUCUCAACCUUGAGGCAGGCAGAACAUGCUUCAGCUGAGGUGGCACUUAAAACACUCUCACAGAAGGGCCCUUCAAGAGCAUUAGCUGCAAGAGUUUUGGAUGAGACUGGGGUUUACAAAAACUUGCUUCAAGAAACUGCACAUCGGGCUGGAUUGAAUCUUCCAGUUUAUACCACUAUUAGAUCUGGGGUAGGAGGCGCUCCACUUUUUGCUUGCACAGUUGAACUUGCUGGGAUGAGUUUCAAAGGAGAGCCUGCUAAAACAAAGAAGCAAGCUCAAAAAAGUGCUGCAAUGGCUGCUUGGUUUUCCUUGAAGAAAUUAUCAGUGCAAGAUUCUUCUUUUGGCUGCACCUCAGAUGAUGGAGGAAACGAGGAGCAGGAGCAAAUAUCUGUUGCCCGCUACCUUUCCAAAUUUAAAUUAACAGAAAGAAGGAAACCUCCAUCAAAACCUCCUGCUGUUAGAAAUGAUGUGAUCCCCUACACAUAUUUUCCUCUUUCCCCAGAAGUGGCUGCCUCCUAUCAAAACUGGCAUCAUGGAAUGACACUCCCAAGAAGCUACCUCCUGACUUCUCCUCCUACACCCCCACUUUCUAUCCUUGGCCCUCAGUUUUUCCCUUUUGUACAAUCCAUUUUCAGCCCAUAUACCUUCCCAAGCGACCCAUUGAUACAAAGUGGUCCAUUUUUGUACAUGGCUGCUGGUGAUAUGGUUCCCACUUGUACUAGUCGGGUUAGGAUAGAAGAGAUAGAAGUGAACAGCCAAGUUGAAGAAGAGUGGCAUACCAAUAAUGUGAGUUCUCAGGGGCAAACUUUUAACCGUGAAGAUCUCAGUUGGGUCCCUCCUGGCUUCUUAAGAAACAACACUGGAGCAAUCAAGGUUGACCGGCCCACGACACCCUGCUCUUGGAGGUCUAGUCACCAACAAUCAACAACGAGACGUCCUACUCUCCUUUACCCUGAAACUUCUCAUAGUAACAGAAGUGCCAUGUUUGGAGGCCAAAGAACUGGUAGUUGUUUUCCUUCACGACCAAGUAGGCCGUGGCUCGAAAGGAGCAGGCUGCCUUUUGGAAGGGCCAUGGCCCCAGCUGUUCAAAUCCGAUCAGUUGUACCAGUAUGCUCAGCUGCUCCAGCUCAAAGGGGCCCACCCCACAAUCAGGUGGCAUCAUCUUCCAAAAGUGUGGCUACACGGACGGAAGAGACAUCUAACAGUGUUUCAGCAGCAGAUUCUGAGUUUUCUAGGCUCCAAUUGUGAGUGAGUAGCUGAGCG